AUGCCGGUCCCUGAAGCCAAAGUAGAGGUGGACGCUGACUCUGAUGCCAGCAGCGAUGUCUUCAUUUCAGAGGUGACAGAGAUCACCGGGCUCUUCGUCGAGAAGCCUCCAGAUCAUGUAACCGCAAUCACAGGGACGGAUUUGAUCCUCAUUGCGAAGGUUGACUCAAGCACACUGAUAAAGAAACCCACUAUGAAAUGGCUGAAGGGAAAGUGGCUGGAUCUGAGCAGCAAGGCUGGGAAACACAUGCAGUUUAAAGAAACCUAUGACAGAAACACAAAGAUCUACACUUAUGAAAUGAUGGUCAAGAAAGUGGUCGCAGGAGAUGCCGGCGGUUACAGGUGUGAGGUGACGUCCAAAGACAAAUGUGACAGCUCCAGCUUUGAGAUCACCGUGGAGGCCUCCCAGCAGGAGGAGCAAGCGGACAUUUUGUCUGCCUUCAAGAGAGCGGAUGCCGGCGAGGAUGAGGGUGACCUGGAUUUCAGCGCUCUUCUCAAAGCUGCCAAGAAGAAGAAACCUGAAAAGGUGGAGGAGGAGAUAGACGUAUGGGAAUUGCUGAAAUCCGCCCACCCGAGCGAGUAUGAGAAAAUCGCUUUCAAGUACGGCAUCACCGACCUGAGGGGCAUGCUGAAACGUCUGAAAAAGAUGAAGGUGGAGCCCAAGCACAGCGAGGCUUUCCUGACAAAGCUGGAAUCUUGCUACACUGUCGACAAAGGAAAGAAAAUUGUCCUCAAGGUGGAGGUGAUGGAUCCCAACGCCCAGGUCAAAUGGUUGAAGAACGGCCAAGAGAUCAAGCCCUCUGCCAAAUAUGUGAUGGAGACAAACGGUAACAUCAGGACACUUACCAUCAACAAAGCCAGCCUUGCUGAUGACGCCGCCUACGAGUGCGUCGUUGGUGAAGACAAGUGUUUCACUGAGGUGUUUGUCAAAGAACCCCCAAUAACCAUCGACAAGCUUAUGGAUGACUACCACGUGGUCGUUGGCGAGAGAGUGGAGUUUGAGAUUGAGGUGUCGGAGGAGGGCGCUCAUGUGAUGUGGUUCUUUGAAGACCAGGAAAUUUCAAAAGACUCCUCAAAAUAUCGCUUCAAGAAAGAUGGAAAAAAGCACACGCUCAUCAUCCAGGAAGCGACGCUGGAGGAUAUCGGAAUGUACCAUGCUUGGACAAAUGGAGGGCAUACCAAGGGAGAGUUGGAGGUGGAAGAAAAACAACUGCAGGUGUUGCAGGACAUUGCCGAUUUGACAGUGAAAGCAGCUGAGCAGGCUUUAUUCAAGUGUGAAGUGUCUGAUGACAAAGUGACAGGCAAGUGGUACAAGGAUGGAGUAGAAGUUAUGCCCAGUGAACGCAUCAAAAUGACACACGUCGGAAGGUUUCAUCGUUUGAUCAUUAACGAUGUAAAGCCAGGGGAUGCUGGAGACUACACGUUUGUUCCUGAUGGAUACGCUCUGUCACUUUCGGCCAAACUCAACUUCCUGGAAAUCAAGAUCGACUACGUGCCUAGACAAGAUCCGCCAAAGAUUCACCUGGACACAACUGGAAACAUGGUGUCCCAAAACACCAUCAUUUUGGUGGCUGGCAACAAACUGAGACUGGAUGUGGAGAUCACUGGAGAACCAGCACCCACAGUAGUCUGGACCAAAGGAGAGCAGCCAAUUACAGAAACUUCAGGCCGUGUAAGGGUGGAGAGCAGGAAGGACUUGAGUUGCUUCGUCAUUGAGGGUGCAGAGCGCGAAGAUGAGGGCAACUACACGAUUGUUGUUACCAACCCGGCUGGAGAAGACAAAGCGGUGCUGUUUGUGAAGAUCAUAGAUGUGCCUGACGCCCCUGAACAUGUCAAGUGCACAUCUGUGGGAGAAGACUGUGCCACCAUCACCUGGGAGCCCCCCAAAUUUGAUGGUGGUGCACCAAUCAAGGGUUAUCUGAUGGAGAGAAAGAAGAAAGGCUCUAGCAGAUGGACAAAACUUAACUUCGACGUGUAUGAAUCAACCACGUACGAGGCCAAGAGGAUGAUUGAAGGAGUCCUGUACGAGAUGAGGGUGUUUGCCGUCAACAGCAUUGGUCUCUCUCAGCCAAGUCUCAGUUCCAAACCCUUCAUGCCAAUCGCGCCGACGAGUGAGCCAACACGUCUUACAGUGAAUGAUGUGACAGACGGCACGUGUAGCCUGAAGUGGCUGGCCCCGGAGAGAAUAGGAGCCGGAGGAUUGGAUGGCUACGUUAUUGAAUACUGCAAAGAUGGAGAUACCGAAUGGGUGGUGGCCAACACGGAUCUGUGCGAAAAGCAGAGCUAUGUAGUCCGUGGCCUACCUGUUGGGGAGAAGAUCAACUUCAGGGUGGUGGCCGUAAACAUCGCAGGGCGCAGUCCUCCUGCCAUCAUGUCACAGCCUGUCACAAUCCGGGAGAUCUUGGAGCAUCCUAAGAUCCGCCUCCCUCGCCACCUGAGGACAAAGUACAUCAGGAAAGUGGGAGAAAAGAUCAACCUGACCAUCCCCUUCCAGGGUAAACCACGUCCUGUUGCAGAAUGGUUGAAGGACGGAAAACCCAUUGACCCAAAAACCAUCAACGUCCGUACGUCCAAUGUGGACAGCAUUCUUUUCAUCCGCUCAGCAGAACGAGAGCACUCCGGAACAUAUGAGCUGGUUCUAAAGAUUGAAAACCUGGAGGACAGAGCCAGUUUCCAACUGAGAGUUGUUGAAAAGCCAGGGCCACCUUUAAAUUUGAGGGUGACAGAUGUGUGGGGCUUUAACGCCGCACUGGAGUGGGACCCCCCAACCGAUGAUGGCAACUGUGAGAUCACCGGAUACACCAUCCAGAAAGCCGACAUGAAAACUAAGGAAUGGUUCACUCUUUAUGAACACAACAGACGGACGCACUGCACGGCGUCCGACCUCAUCAUGGGCAAUGAGUACAUGUUCCGCGUCUACAGCGAGAACCUGUGCGGCCUGAGCGAGGAUCCUCGCCACAGCAAGAACACUGCCACCAUCGCCAAGACAGGACUGCAAUUGAAACAAACCUCCUUCCAAGAGAAGGACAUGUCCUGUGUGCCCAAGUUCACUCAACCACUUGUGGACAGAACUGUGGUGGCCGGGUACAGCAUGGCCAUCAGCUGUGCCGUCAGAGGCUUCCCGAAGCCCAAGAUCGUGUGGAUGAAGAACAAGAUGAUUAUCGGUGACGACCCGAAGUACUUGAUGCAGAACAACCAAGGUGUAGUGACCCUCAACAUUCGCAAGCCGAGCACCUUCGAUGGAGGCAAAUACACUUGCGUGGCCACCAACGAGCUGGGCAAGGACGAGGUGGAAUGCAAGCUGGACAUUCGAGGUUUGUAG